AUGAAGAGGUCUCCAAGUUGUUCUUCAACCAAUUCUUGCUUGGCAUCUUCAUCUUCUUCUUCAUCUGAUACGCCUCGGAGUUUACCGGAAAAACCCAAGGCUAAAAGGGGUAGAAAGAACCGAAGCUGUGAUCAGAACAACAAUGCCAAAACCAACAAUGGCAGAAGAAGCUCCAUUUACAGAGGAGUCACCAGGCAUAGAUGGACCGGGAGAUUUGAGGCUCACCUAUGGGACAAGAGUUCUUGGAACAAUGUGCAGAACAAGAAGGGAAGACAAGUUUAUUUAGGGGCUUAUGAUAGUGAGGAGGCAGCAGCUCAAACCUAUGAUCUCGUUGCCCUCAAGUUUUGGGGGCCUGAAACUACUCUGAAUUUCCCGAAAGAAAGAUACGAAAAAGAGAUGGAGGAAAUGAAGAAUGUGACAAAGGAAGAGUACUUGGCUUCUCUACGACGUCGUAGCAAUGGCUUCUCCAGAGGAGUCUCCCAGUACCGCGGGGUAGCUAGGCAUCACCACAAUGGGAGGUGGGAGGCUCGAAUUGGUCGAGUUUUUGGGAACAAAUAUCUCUAUUUAGGAACCUAUAACACACAGGAGGAGGCAGCUGCAGCUUAUGAUAUGGCAGCAUUGGAGUAUAGGGGGACCAAUGCUGUGACCAAUUUCGAUGCUAGCCAUUACAUAGACCGUUUGAAGCAGAAAGGAAUUGUGUUUGUUGAUCAAACGCAAAAACGAAUUCCCGACUCUGAUGAAGCUCGACGAACAGAAUCCGUAGGAAACAAACAACUUCAGCUGCCGCAGCAGCAGCAAGAACAAGAACCGAGGCACGAAGAAACUGAAAAAUCUGAACAUUUUCAGUACAUGCAAAUGCAGCUUCCUCUAUGCAUCGACUGUACGACGACGACAAUGGCCGGUAUCGAGUCUACCGAUAGCAAUGAGCUAGCAUGGAGUUUCUGCAUGGAUUCAGGGUUGACAUCGUUUUUGGUCCCAGACAUCCCUCUCGAUGGGAACGAUGAAUUGCCGAACUUGUUCGAUCAUGCUACAGGGUUCGAGGAUAACUUCGACUUGAUGUUCAACCUAGGGUCCCCUAACAAAGAAGAGGUUAAUCGGAAAUGUGUAUUGGAUGAUGCAACUGAAGUCGGUGUUUCGAUGAACAUGGUAGAUGAAGAUGGGAAAGAGCGGUUGUCAUCUCCGUCAUCGGAUUUAGAUUCUCCGUAUUCAUCGACGACCUGGGUUUCUUGUAACUACUCUGUUUAGUAGUUUGUAUUUGGAGUCUGUUGUUGGAAAUCAGUUGUGGGUGGAUGGUAGAUGGAUGCCAAGGAUUCAACUUAUCUUUGGUUUUUUGUUGUUUUUUUUUCUCUUAUGCAUUACCUUUGUUUAAUUAAAUUGAAAA